GCCGUUUACAUUUUCGAAUUUGAAUCAUUCCUCUGAAAAUAUCGAAUCAUCUCCCAAUGUCAGACGAGAAGGUAAUUAUCGAUCUCUGUUCCUCCGACGAGGAAGAAGACAAUUUCGCUGAUGAGAAUCGUUUCGAGGAAGAGAUCGACGAAAGGGAAGAUGAAGAAGAAGCAGAUACGAGUUCAAGUGAGGAAGAUAGCGAUUGGAGACACGAUGAUGCUACCGACUCAGAUGUGGAGUACGACGUAGAUAACGAAACCGGCCAAAAAGGCCAUGCUGCUGCUGCUGCUGCUGAUGAUGAUGAUGAUGAUGACGACAAAGUCACCCGCCUGCUCACAGCUGGGAGCGAUUUGAUGAAAUCUCUAAAUGUAACUGAAUGCAAAGCGUACCUGAGAAAGCAUGGUCUCAGAUUAUCUGGUACAAAACCAGUUUUUGUUGAGAGGAUUCUUGAGCACUGGAGGAUCAAAGAUGGGAGUGGAGAAUCACUUUAUCCAAUUUCAUCUUUUCCUAUCAACUGUAAAGGUGAUGUCUGCAAAGGAGACACUGUUUUGUUUACACAGAAGGUGAAAGGGAGUGGGAAGAUUGUGGGGAGGAGAACUGUCGCUGGCCAGGUUGUUAAAGAAAGCUACGGUACUGCUAAACAGCAACACACUUUCACUAUUGAAGUGCUUUGGUGCGAGGGGAUGCAGAAAUUGCCUCCCUUGUACCCUUUACUAGUGAAAGGACGGAAUCUUUAUAGGUUAAUGACCAUGAGGCAGCGUUGGGCUAAUGAAGACGACAGAGUAAAAGUUCUUUCUGAAAAGCAUAGCCGUGGUGCCGCAGCAAGAAAAGUUAUGAGAGAAAGGAAAAUAAAGUUAGGCUAUGUAAUGAAAGAUGGGAGACUUCAAAAGCCUGGUCAAGUAAAGACAAGAAAAAAUGAGAAUCAAACUCAGAGGUCUAGUCACUCACUUGUUGCUUCACAGGGUCAUAAGAAUCCAACCCAGUUGAGAAAUAUGAAUCCCCCUUUCCACUCCCAUACAUAUGCUCCUCGACCACACGGUCCUCCACCACGUGCUGCUGGACCACACGGUCCUCCACUACGUGCUCCUCUUACAUAUGCUCCUCGUCCAUACGCUCCUUUCAAUGUCCCCCAUUCACAUCUUCCUCGUCCACAACAAAACCAAUCAAUCCAAAGACCACCACUGGCUUUCUUCAACGGAAGACCUACUUCUAAUCCUUUGCAGGGACAAGCAUCUUUCAACCCACAUGCUAUGCCUGUUACGCACCAGAGGAGGCCAUACCAGAACCAUGCAAGCUCGAACAGUGGCUACAGCUACGGGGUGAGGGACUUGGAUCACUUCUCGGAUAUGACGAUAAGCCACAGAAGACAAGGAAACUUAUACAGGCAGAGUGAGGCGCCUCACAGACCAUACAACAGCCAUCAUACCUACCAUUCAAACCUUAACAACCAUGGAGAAAAUCACAUGAUAAGAGAAGGAGACACACACAAGCAGAGUAGGGACACUUACAGACCAAAUCAUCGGUGUUCAUUUACGAGCAACAAUACCAGUCGAGUCAUCAUUUCAUAUGCCACUGAUUCUUAUUUUCACUGGAAGAUUCAAGGACACACAAAAAAAAGAGAGGUUACAAUUAGUUUCUGUUCUGUGUAA